AUGAGCGAGUCUGUGAACGACCCAGCGGCUGAGCCAAAGCCAGAGGGUUCUUCUCAGCAACCGGCCCCUCCUGUGCCGGCACCCGCCAACAGCUUGGCUCAGCCCAAUCCAAGAGAGGAGACUGGCGGCGGCACAACCUCCGCGCCGCCCACGCUAGGCACCCACGAAGCGACCCCUGCGGAGUCAGCAGACACCGCUGAGCAGCGGAUUUCCAGCCUGCCCGCCCGUGCCGAAGACGCGGCAGCCCGUCUCAAAGAGCCUAGCAACAAGCGGGUCAAGCUUAAUGGAGAGAAGAGCGGGUCCCCCCCGGCGACCGUGGCCCCCAGCGUCGAGGUUGACAACUCGGGUGUGCUGGAGUCGGUAUCCCAUUUGACAGAACGGAUGCUCGGCACCCAAGUCUACGAGCCCGGCAAACUGCUUCUGCGUGAAUACGAUGACUAUUGGAACUCCAUAGUGCAGGUGCGGCUGGCCAGGAGGUUCGUUUCAAAAAACCACGACCUUGUUCGACGACGAGCCGUAUGGGGCACCUCUAUUUAUACCGACGACAGCGAUCUAGUUGCCGCCUUGUACCAUGAAGGAUAUUUCGAGCCCGACAGCAAGCUGGACAUUGCCUCUGAUCUGCUAGUGUCUGUUCGCGUCCUGCCUCCGCUAAGAAAGUACAUUGGCAGCACGCGACACGGUCUUAACUCACGGACCUGGCUGUCUCCACACGAUGGCACCUCCUACAUAAUCACCACCGUGCAAGAGAUUGCCCAGGGCAGUGCGGAGGCGCCAUUGAGCGGGCGACGACAGCGGGCCAAAGCGUGGGGCGAAGCAUAUGCGAUGGCCAGGCCGGCCAGCCAACGGCCGUCCCCCCAUCCUGCGGAGGUGUGA